UUUAUCCAGGAGUUAUCUGCUGCCCUUUGGACGACACUUUUGCUUUCCAUCCAUUCCACUGCAACGGGUCCGGGUAUUGUUGCCAACGGGUACACCAUAGCGAUAUCGAAGGGCUCAUUGUCUCCAUCCCCACUGAUUUUCCUGGACGGGAUCAUCCUGAAUGAGGUGGUGGAUGGUGCUGGUUCCUCCAGCAAGAAUGUGGAGAUGGUUAUUGCAAGCCAACAUGUGUCUCUCCGUACUGGUCCUUCUACCAGGGAGCCAACAGCAUCUAUUCUCCUGGGCCCCAAUGAUGACCUUUGGAAUCCUGCUGUCCUGGGGACUGACUGGACUCUCCCUCGCUGUCAUUCACAACCAAUACCUCUUGGAUAUUCGACCAAGUCAAUCAUUCUUUAACGAAAUACUAAUAGGUGUCUAAGGGAUGUCAGAUACCGGCUUCAUAUAAACUCAGAGGCUUAGUUUUACAAUGUAAAUAAUUUAAUUCAAGAGAUAUCGAAUAAAACCUUGAGGAAUAUCGUCCCUUGAAGGAUGUUAGUGUGUUUUAGAUUUGGGGUAGUUGAGUGACGAUUGGUCACAUACUGUACUAACACCCGUCCAUGCAGCUUAUAGAGUGAUGCCUGCAGUAUGAAACGAAAAGAUGCAACAGGAAACCGGAUACAUGAUUGCAAAUCAGUCUAUAAGAAGCAAGUAUAUUCUCAGUGAAGACAAUCAUCUAUGACAACCAGUAAUGUAGGAGGA